CUGUAUUCGGGAGGUCUCCAUGUUGGCUCUUACUGCGCUGUUGUUGAUCGUGUGUAGUGUUUUGUUUCGUUGUGGGUCAAACUGUUUUUUAACCGAGCUGUCUUAAUUGUAGAUACUAUCUGAGACGGCUCUGAUCCGAAACGGAAGACUUGAAGUAGAAUAUUUAAAGAAAGAAACAGCAGAAGAGGGGAAAAAAUACAGAGUCUCAUUCAAAACACAUUUGAGAUGGAAGCCGCUCACAUCAGCCCAGAGCUUCCUAUUCGAUGGGUUGUUUCUGCAGACAGGACUGUUGAGAUCAAGGAGGAAGUGACUGAGCUGGGGUGUGACCAGGCCAAUGAGCGGAUCCUGCAGGAGGAAACGCCACCUUCUAGCAUCACUGAGAGAGAUCCCAAAGAGAGCCAUUCUGUCCCUGAGACUGAAGCACAGGAGGGGCCAAGGAUAGAAGCAGUUUACACACUAGAGGAGUCCUUUGACCAGGAGUGGUGUGCAAGUCUAAAGCAGGGUACAGAGCUGACAUGUGUUAAAGAUGAAGAGGUCCCUCGACUGGAAUGUGUUCCUAUUAAAGAGGAAUUCAUAGAACAGGAAUGUGUCCCCAUCAAAGAGGAAGUUCCUACUGAAAAUAAUGUCUGUACACUUGAGGAGAAAAACAAGCUAGGAUCCAGCCUGUGUGAUGAUUGUCCAUCUGAAUGUGAACUGGGAUUUAAAGCUGCUAAAGGGAAUCACAAAGAAGAGAAACCUUAUCACUGCACUGAGUGUGGGAAGAGAUUUAAUCGUUUAUCACAUCUUAAAAUCCACCAGAUCAGCCACACAGGAGAGAAACCUCAUCACUGCACUGAGUGUGGGAGGAGUUUCACGAGAUUAGGAAGUCUUCAGUCACACCAGCGCAUUCACACAGGAGACAAACCCUAUGACUGCCGUGAGUGUGGGAGGAGUUUCACUGUGUUACAAAAUCUUAAAAGACACCAGCGUGUUCACACAGGAGAGAAACCUUUUCACUGUACUGAGUGUGGGAAGAGAUUUAGUCGUUUAUCACAGCUUAAAGUCCACCAGCGCAUUCACACAGGAGAGAAACCUCAUCACUGCUCUGAGUGUGGGAAGAGUUUCAGGAGAUUAGGAAGUCUUCAAUCACACCAGCGCAUUCACACAGGAGAGAAACCUUAUCACUGCUUUGAGUGUGGGAGGAGUUUCACACUGUUACAAAAUCUUAAAAUCCACCAGCGUGUUCACACAAGAGAGAAACCUUAUCACUGUUUGGAGUGUGGGAAGAGAUUCACACUGUUAAGAAAUCUUCAAUCACACCAGCGCAUUCACACAGGAGAGAAACCCUUUGACUGCGCUGAGUGUGGGAGGAGUUUUGCACGAUUAGGAACUCUUCAGUCACACCAGCGCAUUCACACAGGAGUUAAACCUUAUGACUGCACUGAGUGUGGGAAGAGUUUCACGGUGUUACAAAAUCUUAAGAGACACCAGCGCGUUCACACAGGAGAGAAGCCUUAUCACUGCACUGAGUGUGGGAGGAGAUUCACUCAUUUAAGUUCCUUGAAAGUCCACCAGCGGACUCACAAAAAGUGAAAUCUGCAGUUUGAAGAGUUUUUUUUAUCAAACCUUAAAAAAAAGACACCAUCAAAUUCACAUGAAAGUGAAGCCUUAUUCCUGCAAUGAAUGCGGGAAGAAGUUCAGUCAGUUACUGGGUCUUGAAGGGCACAACAGAAUUUCAGACAAUUGAGGACACCUAAACACCAACAGUACAUUCGACUAAAAUACAGAAAUAUUUAGUGAACACAAAAUAAUAAAAUUGCUUAAUAAAUUAGGUUACUCCUAAUUACUUCAGAUCAAAAACUUAUACUCACAGAUGGAAAAUAUGAAUUACCACAUCUUGUUUGGACCAGGGGCGCCGCCACCACAGGCGCCUGGUGGGUCAUGGCCCCUGCACUUUUCCUGGGGAGGGGGGGUAUAUAGUUUGGCCACUGACUCAUUGUGUGACCCUGAGCAAGUCACUUAACCUCCUUGUGCUCCGUCUUUCGGGUGAGACGUAGUUGUAAGUGACUCUGCAGCUGAUGCGUAGUUCACACACCCUAGUCUCUGUAAGUCACCUUGGAUAAAGGUGUCUGCUAAAUAAACAAAUAUAUAUAUAUUUGGGCAGCUGGCUCUUUGAACUUAUAUAUAUAUAUAUGUGUAUUUUUUUUCUGUAGACCUUACAGUUCUAGAAUUUAAAAUAAUUGAUAUCAAUGUGAGAAGAAAAUACUAAUCGAUUCAGAUGUAAACAGAGAGAGAAGGUAGCAUGUAAGGGUUUGCAUGACCACGUUUGUUUUACUGUUAAGAACCAGAUGUGUGAUUUUACCCUCCUGUAUGCCAUACCUGUAGUAGUAGAAACUCAGGAUAAAGUGUUUUACAUUGACCUCUAUAGAAGGUUACUAGAUGUAAGAGCUGCCCUUGUGUUUUGCAACAUACAAUAUUAAAUGAAGGGUCUUUAUGCACAGGUAUAUUCCUCCAGCAUUAGUCUACUGCCCCCCCCCCCCCCACACACACAUUUUUCUAUCCAUGACGGCACCUCUGGUUCGGAUCAUUCAUCAUCUUGUUGACCAUUCGGAUUAUGUUACCUCACAUUAGUAAUCUAUAAAACAGAUUGUAAUUGUGUCUGCGAGAUUCCAGUUUUGUCUCAUGCAUGGCUGAGUUUCUAAGUUUGGACAUUAGGAAUAUUACAUGUAACUCCCAGCUACUGACCAAGUCUCCAGCUAUUUCAAGUCAAUGAUAAGCUUUGGUCAAUUCUUCACACCUCAGACAUUGUUUUGUCAUUGACAAUGGAACUGUUUGUGAAAUUUGACCUAUUUAAAAUAAAAAAAUGUAAUUAUAGAUUUGUUAUGACUUUGGCGUUAUGUUUAUUUGAAUAAAACAUAGGCGAAAUCUCAGUUUUUUGCAAAAAUUAUGAGAAAUCCACAGAAGGGUUUAAUUAUUCUGGGGUAUAAAGGGUUAAAUGCAGUGUUUUGGCUGUGCAGAUGUUUGAUAUGAUGUGCUUGAAUAAAACGUUUGAGUCGUAUCUGAUUGUCUUUCAUGUUAAUAUUGAUGUUGUUUAAAAUGUAACCGUCAUAAUGACUCCCUGGCGGUGGUUUUAGGUAGGAGAAUAACCGAGGCGGUUCAAGUGUUAAACCUGUCAAAUCAACAGAGCUUGUUCAGCUGUACAAGUUAGAAUCUGCCGGAGCCCAAACUGUGUUAGAUCCCAUUGGGAUUGAAGACUCUACAGACCAAGCACGCAGACUGUGUUAUUGGAUUCCUUCGGGAAUCGAAGAUGUCAUUGUGGAAGAAGAGAACGAGAGGAAAAUUAAAGGGACAGUUCUCAACAAGCAGGCUGUUUGUCCAGGCAUUAAGGAUUGUUUAAUGUAACCUUUGAUCUGCAUCUUGUAGUUUACUUUCAAUUUAGCUAUUUUAAAACUAAGUGAAUAACUAAUUAAAUUACAUGUAAGCUGUGCAUAACAUUAAGAGUAACCAGUAAUUAGAUUAACUCAUGUAUUUACAUGAAGAGUUCAGCUUUCUGUGCAGAACUAGUUAAUCAGAAACUAGAUUGAUGACUUUCCAGUUAGUUUACAUUCCCCAUUCUAGUUCCAGGCAGGCAGAACAUUGCUUAAAUUACUGGCUUUAUUGCAUUCUAAACUCUGGAAGAAUGUAGUAAACUAACACAGACACCAAUAAGGGGGGAUUAUAUUGUAGCGUCAAACUGAACAGGAUUGUGUCUCUCUGUCUGUCUAUAGUAUAAGAAAACUGUAGUUCUUCAUUUCCAGGCAACUGAAUAAGUGCUACUAAUGAUAUUAUUAUUAUUAGUUUAUUUAGCAGACACCUUUAUCCAAGGCGACUUACAGAGACUAGGGUGUGUGAACGAUGCAUCAGCUGCAGAGUCACUUACAACUAUGUCUCACCCGAAAGACGGAGCACAAGGAGGUGAAGUGACUUGC